CAUAAACGUGUCAGCGAAAGCAAGAGCAAGAGCAGUGGAAAUCCGCAGUGGCUGGCAACAUCGGUUGUCUUGAUCCCUUGAGCGUUGUACCAGUGCAGCAGUGUUGAGCACACCUAGACUGCCUUGGUCCAGGGAGAAGUUUACAUCGCGUUAGACACCCUCACCAUAGCACAGGUAUCAACGCCUGCUGAACGUUGAAGAUGGCAAGCAAUGUAGUUCGCUUCAUCCUGCUUCUCGGGACGAUUGCCACAGCUUUUGCAAUGGUGGUGGCCUUCUCUGCUGUCCCCAGGUGGUAUGUAGCGUCCGCAACACUCGGGGAUGAAAAAGAAACUGUUAGUGUUGGGCUUUGGAGGUUUUGCAUAUCGAGAUCCGGUGGGGAGCUCGGUCAUGUGAAACGUUGCGUGGCUCUCAACCUUUUAGCACGCAACGUCGAUGAUGAUGAUGAUGACAAUAUUCCUGUUUGGCUGGAAGCUGCGGAGGCUGGAUGCAUUCUUAGCGCACUGGCUCUCGGGGCUGGAUUUUUCUCUUCAAUUUUCCUAGAGAUGCGACUCGCGUCACCGAAUCCUCAUAGAUCCAACCUGUUCUUGGUGCCCAGAAUUAUGCUAGGACUUGCACUAUGCUCCAUUUUGGGAACUGGAUUUGCAGCUUCCAUGUUCUACGUGGUGAACGAUCUAGAGAACGGACUGAGGUUCGGAGCGAUGUACUAUGUGUGUUGGUUGGCGGCCUCGGUUACUAUUGUUCCGCUAACAAUCAGCCAUUUCCAUCAUCGGCCUCCACCUGUGGCGCAGUAUCGGGACGUUGCGCCGCUGAUUGGGGGCCAGGUGGUCGUCAACUACCCGUAGCAACAGAUCACACGACUUCUGCCACGUCAUUUGUGUUUUGUGCUCCGUAACAUGCAUGAUUGUAGGUCAUACAAUGUGCAUCAUUUUAUCUGAAACCAAGUGAUGUGCUUCCUACUGCUAGUCUUCUCUGCGUUACUACUGCUGUCAUUGUUCACGGAUAGUGUACCCUUCCCUCUUUCCUUUCCACUGUACUGCCUAUACAACGUAUAUAAUUUGGUAACACUCAGAGACAGUUGUGGUUGCUCAUGACAGUGCUCCAUACACCUACAUGCAUGUCCAGAGUGAUUCAGUCUCUAACAAACGCUUGGAGGAAGGCUGGUGUCUGAAGAUCGCGUAGAACCAUACAACUCAGAGGUACAGCAGACACACUUUGAUUCCUUCUUUCUUUUAAGCUUGCAUAUUUUGGUGACUAGUAAUACGUGCUAUGUGGCUAGUUAUUUUCCUUUUUAGGGAAGCUAAUCAGCUUCUGUUUUCCAAAUAUAUCUGUAAUUAUCUGUACUGCAGUGCAAAUAAUGUUGCCGCCUCUCCUCUAUUCUCGGCCUUUUUAAAGCGGCAAUGUUUCUAGAUCA